GGAACUAUUUUGUGUCGGAGGGCUGUGAUGCGGCUCCCUCUCGCCUGUGCCAGGCCGCCAUCUUGAAUUUUAAUGUUAAUUUCCAAAGGAAAAAAAAAAACAAUAAUGUGUUUGCUGUGAUAUUUUUGUCUCGGAUGUCGUGACGGAUUUGGAUGAAGACGGUUGUUUCGUUCCAGGAUUGUUUUUUCAACCGAUGAUAUUGUUUCUAACUCCAGAGGCCAGUCUUCCCCACUCAGAAGCACCCCUUAAUCUGAGAGACUAAAUGAAACUGGAGCGGGGGGCUUGUGGGCAUGAAGUGGCUGGGCGAAUCCAAGAACAUGGUAUUAAAUGGCAGACGACACGGGACCAGGUUGACCAGCGAGCAGCCGCUGAGCCAGACCCGCUCCCAGCAUCCACAGCGGACGUCGCUGCGCCACAGCAAGAGCCACGGGCGGAGCCGCCGGUGCAGCCGCAGGUGUAAUGGGGCCAGUCUGGAGGCCGAGCGGCGCUACGUGCCCUCAUCAGGGAUGACCGCCAAGGAACUGUGUGAGAACGACGACCUGACCACCAGCCUCAUCCUGGACCCCUACCUGGGCUUUCAGACCCACAAGAUGAACACCAGGUUUCGGCCAAUCAAAGGAAGGCAGGAGGAGCUGAAGGAAAUCAUCGAACGCUUCAAGAAACACGACAACAUGGAGAAGGCCUACAAAGCUCUGACCACGGGAGACUGGUGCCGAAAUCUGUUCCUCAACAAGUCCAAGGCUCAGGAGAAGCUCUUCAAGCAGCACGUGUUCGUCUACCUGCGCAUCUUCACAGCCGACAGCGGCUUCGAGAUCCUGCCGUGUAACCGUUACUCGUCCGAGCAGAACGGGGCCAAGAUUGUGGCCACAAAGGAAUGGAAAAGAAACGAUAAGAUCGAGUACCUGGUGGGCUGCAUCGCCGAGCUGUCGGAGAACGAGGAGAACCUGCUGCUGCGACACGGCGAGAACGACUUCAGCGUCAUGUACUCCACGCGGAAGAACUGCGCCCAGCUGUGGCUCGGCCCUGCCGCCUUCAUCAAUCACGACUGCCGGCCGAACUGCAAGUUUGUGUCGACGGGACGAGACACGGCCUGCGUGAAGGUGCUGAGGGACAUCGAGCCAGGAGAGGAGAUCUCCUGUUACUACGGCGACGGCUUCUUUGGGGAGAACAACGAGUUCUGUGAAUGUUACACGUGUGAAAGACGUGGAACCGGUGCUUUCAAAUCCAAAGCCGGGCUGCCGGCGGAGGUCCCGGUCAUCAACAGUAAGUACGGACUGCGGGAGACGGACAAGCGGCUCAACAGGCUGAAGAAACUCGGAGAAGGAAACCGGAGCUCAGACAGCCACUCUGUGGGCUCCCACACCGACGUGGACUCUCAGGAAAUGCCAAAAACACAUCAAUCUGCCAGAAACAGAACGUCAUCUUCAUCGUCUUCAUCGUCGGGCCUGAAGUAUAAGAACCGGACUCAGAGCAGACCGCCUGCGGGCCGAGCCCUUUCUACCUCAUGUUCCAAACCGGCCCGUGGAACCAGCAGCCGGGUACCAAAGAGACUACGAUCCCAGCCCAAGGCCUCGCCCGCUAAGCUGCCGCUGCGGAGCCGCAGGAGGGGCGCGGCGGCCCGGGGCGAGGCCGCCCAGCUGGGACUCAGGGACUCCAAGGCGGCGUCGUGUAAAGGCGUCGCCGUCAAGAAGGAGAAGGACGGCUCGGAGCCGGCGCCGCCGGGCCAGAGGGGCUGCCUGACCCGGCACGCCGCCAAGGAGAACGGCAGUCUUCCAGCGCCGCCGAGCGCCGCCGGCAGCCGGUGCUCCACCUACAGAACUCGCAGGUCCGCACGGACCCUCAUUAAGGCCCCGGAGCCCCCGGGGGGCGCCAAGCUGGAGCCCAGCGCCAUGGACGGGCUGAGCCCGGUGCCCGGCGGCGUGGUCAUCAAAACGGAGCCGGCGGACAUGGACGAGUACCUCCAGCACGGCGCCGGGCUGCAGCCGGCGGCGCUGGGCGGCGCCUACGCCAGGAGAAGCUCCUGUUCCAGCCGGAAGCGGCCGGCGCGGCUGCGGGCCGAGCGGACCAUUAAAUGCGAAGGCUCGGACUGCGAGACGUUCUCGCCCGCGGCGCCCGGCCACGGCGCCGGCUUCUCCGACGGCGGGAACGUGCUGCUGAGCUUCGCCGACCGCCACCGGGACUACGGCGGCAACAAGUCGCUGCGCAGGGACAAGAGCAAGAGCGGCUGCCGCUCGCAGGACAAGGCCAAGAAGAAGCGGCGCAUCACCCGCUACGACGCCCAGCUGAUCCUGGAGAACAGCACGGGGAUCCCCAAGCUGACGCUCCGCCGGCGGAGGGACAGCAGCAGCAGCAAGACCACCGAGCCGGCCGACCACGUGGCGUCCUCCACCGUAAGCCCCGCCUCCUCCAGCAAAAUCAGCAUCAAGUUCAGCAAGGACCACGACAAGGACAAGGGCGGCUCCUACAUCGCCAAGCUCAACAACGGCUUCGCCCCCGUCGUCCACGGCAACGCCACCAAGCUGAAGAUCCAGCUGAGGAAGGAGGAGGACGCCCGGCGGCUCCACCACGCCAACGGCGACGCCGCUCAGGCUCUGGAGAGCAGGAACGGCGGGCACCGCGCCCAGAAGGUCCUGGCAGAGCCGUCGUCUGACGAGGAUGAGGAGGAGGAGGAAGAGGAGGAUGAAGACGACGACUACUUCCACAACGACUUCGAGGACGACUUCAUUCCACUUCCUCCGGCCAAGCGGCUGCGCCUCAUCGUGGGGAAGGACUCCAUAGACAUCGAUAUCUCCUCCAGGAGGAGAGAGGAUCAGUCGCUGAGGCUGAACGCCUGACGCCGCCCAGCUUCCGUAGCCGCCGCCGCCGC